GCCGCAGUGGGAGUUUUGUGGAGCCCUUCUUUUAAACCGCUUUCCCAAGCGGUGCCCGGAAACUCAGCGUAGAUUGCCCUCUCUUCACUUUCCUCCCUCUCUUAUCUCUUCGGCGUCGUUGCACGCGCAGGAAUUCUGGGUAACCGGAAAGAACGUUCCUCUGAGCAGGAGGAACGCUCAGGCGGCCAAUCAGGUUCGCGUUCGGAAAGAUGGCGGCGCUCGGGUCCCGAGAGCGCUCUGCGGGGGAGGGAGGCAGCGGCGCGCGGGCGGACUCGGACCUCUUGCUGCACCCGGAGCUGCUCUCGCAGGAAUUCCUCCUGCUGACGCUGGAGCAGGUAAGGGGGCGGGGGCGGGGGGCGCGUCGGUUGAAAGGGGGCGGGGCGAGGCAGGGAGGGAAGGAACCGUUAAACCGCCUCACCUGAGACCGAGCGGAGUCCGCUGCUCAAGAGACUGCGGAGCGCCAGGCUCUUAAAGCCGGGCCGGAUCUCGGGUUGCCCGUUCAUACACUCCAACCUUUUUCCGAUGAAAAUAGGGACGUCCUGUUCAAUAAUAAUACUGUAAUAUUGAUGAUGAUUCAAAAAAUAAUAAUGAAGGUAAUUCUAAUAAUAGCAAAUAUAAUAAUUCAACUAAAAACAAUAGUAACAAUAGCAACAACAACAUUGCAAAUAAUAAUAACGAUUCAAAUAAUAAUAAUAAUAAUAAUAAUCUAUUCAUAUUCCUUCAUCCUGGGUUGCCCCAGCUACUCUGGGCAGAGUCCAACGUAUAUAAAAACACUAAUAUAAAGACAUUAAACAUUAAAUAACUUCCCCAUACAGGGCUGCCUUCAGAUGUCUUCUAAAGGUUGUAUAGUUAGUUACCUCCUUGGCUCAUGGGUUGCAUAACUUCAUAUCCUCCAUUGUUUCUCCGACGAAAAUAGGGACGUCCUAAGGAAAAGCAGGACGUUCCGGAAUCAAAUCAGAAACCAGGACGGCUUUUGUAAAUCCAGGACUGUCCCUGGAAAAUAGGGACAUUUUGAGGGUCUGCCAGUUUAACCCAAGGAAACCCCCCUGCCUUUUAGUACCUGCUAGAUCUGGAGGAAUCUUCCAAGGAAGCUUUAUUCCUGACUUGGAGAGCCCAUGGAGGGGGGAGAAAAAUCAGCAAAGUUUGGUGCCUCGGAAGCCCUCAUAGCAGCACCUGCCCUGCAAUUAUUCCUAUGUGUGUUUCAGACUAUACAGGGUCAUAGUGUUGGAAGGGACCCAAGGGUCAUCUAGUCCAACCCCCUGCAAUGCAGGAAUCUCAGCUAGAUCAUAGGUGACGGAUGGCCAUCUAACUGCUGCUUUGAAACCUCCAAGGAAGGAGAGUCCACCACCUCUUGUGAGAGUCCGUUCCAUUGUCAAACAUCACUUCAGAAAGUUCUUCCUGGUGUUUAGUCAGAAUCUUCUUUCUUGUAAGUUGAGCAGGGGAAAACAGGCUUGCCCCAUCCUCCCGAUAUUUGAAGGGAACCAUCAUAUCUCCUCUUAGUCUCCUCUUUACAGAAGCUUGUGGAUUCAUUUUGAAGAUUUUUAAACUCACUUUUUAGGGAACAGUGCCGUCACAAAGUUUCUCCAAAACAUACGAAAAUACCACUGCAAAACAUGCACACACACAGCCAAUGCAGCAACGGCUGAAUAUUAACCCCCCUCUCCAAAAAAAGUACUUUGCAAUAUCUCCCUGACAGAUAUUCCUGUUUACGACCAUUGUUGUACUCACACUUUACACUUGAAGACACUUGGAAGACUGGUAUUACAUGCCCACACAGUGAUAGGGGUGCUCCUUUUUUAUGGCUUUAACAGCAGCAUAAUAUAAGGACAUUAAGCAGGUAAAACUCUUUACGCUAUAGUCAGACUGAGAGGAAAAAAGGCCCAUCUGCUAAAUUUCUGCAUGUUGGACUCUCAUUAAAGGCGCAGAAGCAGGGCCAGUAAAAGAAGGAACAAGCCUGUUUCCAGAUAAGUAGUUUAGGUCAGCAGUCUCAAUCUGGCAGCUAUAAUAUUGCAAAAGUGUAUGGGUGUACUAGGGAAACUGGCCCUUCAGCUAUUACUGAACUCCAGCUUGCUUCAUCCCUGACCAUGCUAGUUGGAUUUGAUGGAAGCUGGAGUCCAGCAACAUUUUGAGGGCCACAGACUCCCCACCUUGAAUUUGUGGGGCACUCAGAGUCUUCAGGCUGAGGGAAGCUGUUGUUUCCACCCCCAACUCUAUUUUGCUUCCUGAAGUGAGGUGAACUGUGCAUCUUUUGCAGGGUGCAGCAAAUUUCUAUGCAUUUCUAACUGUUUUAAUGAAGAUUACCAAGUUUAUUACAAGUGAUGUGAUUUUUAAGUGUAUUAUGUACACUUGUUAUCCAGAGAACAUUUGCAGUCAUAAUGAAUAUUUUUUUUAUUACUCUGCAACAGAAGAACAUCCCAGUUGAAGAUGAAGUGAAGAUCAGUAAAGAUGGCCUUACUGAUCUCUAUGUUCAACAUGUCAUACCAUUGCCUCAACGUGAGUUACCAAAAACUAGAUGGGGAAAGUUGAUGGAAAAGAAAAGAGGUCAGCAGGUAUUCAAGCAUGAGGUCAAAAGGUAAUUCUGUUUUGCUUAGUUUGUGGAUUCAAACGCAAAUCCGUGUUUCCUUAUACCAAGUAAAACCAUUGAUCCAUCUAGCUCAGUACUGUAUUGGCAGUGGCUCUGCUAGAUUUCUGGCAAUAGCUUUUGCCAGCCCUACCUGGCAAGGGAUUUAACCUUUUAUCAUGCAACGCAUGUGCUCUGCCACUGGGUUUUGGCAAAUUUUCCAUUCAGAAGGGAGUUCCGUGUUUCUUUUGACCUGUUCCUCCUUGCUCAGUAAGUACAACAAUGGUUUUUUGUUUUUUAUAGGUAUUGGGGCUGCCAGCGGGAUGUAGAGAAUUAUUAUUGAAAGCAGUAGCGUAGUCAGCAGUCUGAUAAAUCCAGAGCGAGAGCAAAUUAGAUUAAGAACUGGAAAGUACUUUUCAGUGGAGUUCAUGCAGAACAGAGUAUCUAGCUAUUAAAUAAAUCUGCCGAAUAAAUUUAAAUGUGUGUGAGAUACCACAUUUAUUUAUAUUGUGCAAACCUGUCCUAUCUCCCCAGCUGUGGCUUCUUGUUUCAGACAGAAGCUGAUAUGAGUUAACUUUGCCCUGCCUGCCAAUCAGAAGAUUGGGGGAAUGGGUCUGGUCCCAUUGAGGAUGGGCUUUGUUUUUCCACUCUGGAAAAAACAAAAAAACCCAAGCCUUGCACAGUUUUUUUGCAGUAAAAAACAUUAUCCCAGUGCUCAAAUGUAGUGAAUGAUAGCAACACUAGUGCUAAAGCAAGGGAUCAAUUUCUCUGGAUUCUGGGACUUGAGCACAAAAUUGUAUGCUGCCCAACUCUGAACCAUGCCUUGGAGAUAAGGUAUAUCAUAUCUUAAUUGCUCUUCUGGCAGGAAAAUAGAACCUGAAGGCUUUCUCUAUUGAACUCUAGUUUAAAUCAAUCGAACUUAAUUAUGCUUAGCUGUGUGCUGGGGCCUUUUGUUAUUUUCACUGUUUUUUUAAAAAAAAUUCUAAUCAUCAGUAACCUGUAUCCAUAAAUAACCACUAUUUAAACAUGUCCUGUUUUUGCUUCUAGAAAUAGAGUGUUUCUUCUGAAGUGUCUCAACGAUUGCUUCUAUCAUAACUCUUAAUAAAAAUGGGAAAUAAUACAUCUAUAAAUUUGGGUUGGUUUAUUCAUAAUUGACUGGUUCCUAUUAGCAGAUUCAGUUUAUUUAGGCUGCAAUCACAUGCCCACUUAACUGGCAGUAAAAUCCACUAAAAUCGGUGGUCUUCCUUCUGGGUGGACAUACUUGUGAUGGGACCGUUAAGGAGCAUUUAUGUAGACCAGGGAUGUGAAACCUGUGGCUCUCCUGAUGGCGUUGGACUCCCAACUCCCAUCAGUCCCAGCCAACAUGGUCAAUGGCCAGGGAUAAUAUGAGCAAUAGUUCAGUCACAUCCUGAGGACCACAGAUUCCUCAUCCUUGUUGAAGACAAUUGUAAGAUGCAAAGAAACUUGGGAUGAACUGUACAAGUCCUAAAUUGUUUGAAGCUAAAGAAGCAGAAAUAAAAAUGUUUUUUGUUAAUUUAUCUGAUACCCAACAUUUAAGUCCACUGAUUUAAAUAGGUUUACUCUGAGUAUGACUUAAUUUUUCUGACAGUGUUCAUUUAUUUUUUUUAAGUGUUAAUGUUUUCCUGAUUGCUCAGGUGAAUUAAAUGUGAAAUAAGUGAAUAUCAGAAAAAAGAAGCAGCAGUGCCAUACUGCACUAGAUGAAUUCCCAAUCUAUUUCAGCGCCUGACCUGCUGAUCUGACCACAAACCUAGAUAAAAGUUCCACUGAAAUAAAUAAGACCCGCUUCCAAGUAGUUGUGUUUGGGAUAGUGUAAAUCUGUAAUGACUGUGGUUUCAUUUACAUCUGUGCUGCAGUAAUUAAUAUUGUUUCUGUGUUACCAUUUCUUUGUUCAGCACUGCUCCAGCGGAAAGUCUACGGAAACGACCUCUCAUUGUGUUCGAUGGUAGCUCAACGAGUACAAGCAUAAAAGUGAGGAAGACUGAGAAUGGGGCUAUUGAUAGUCUAAAACUCCUUACAGCAAGAAGCGCCAGCACUACUUGUAAGGGACUGACGGUUCCUUCAAAUUCUUCAGCAUGUGUGUCUGUCUCCACUUUUUCACCGGACAUUAAAGUGGGAUCCAGGAUUCACGAAGCUAAGCAGAAUGAUAUUAUCGUCGAUAACAAUAUGGCACCUGGUCAAAGGUCACCCCCAUUGGUGCCUUUAACAGGAACUACUGUGGUGAAAUUAAAGAGAGCUGCUCCGAAAGAAGAAUCUGAUGCAUCUGUAAGUCUUUCCACAUCUGUUUCCUUUAACCAGAUGUAGUUGUUGCCAUGUCUCGUAGCAUAAAUGUGAAAGCUGUCGCAGUAUUUUGUUAUCUCUGAGUUUCUGCAGGCCACUAGGAUGCUGUGCACUAAUUCAUUGAAUAUUGCCAUAUAUUAUACCUUAACACUACUAUUUUUAAAGAACUGUAAGAUGGACAUAAAAGAGUUCCUUUCUAAAUCACUUCAUCAUUAUUACUGUGUAAAUUAUGGCCAACCAGUAACAUAAUUCUCUGACUCAAUGUGAGGGUCAUUGUUUGGGAAUGUGGCAAGCUUCAUUUGGCUUUGGCUUUCAACAAUGCCUAUUUUUCAGGAAUAUGAGUUCUGUUAGGAAUAGAUUUUGAAAUUAAGAUCCUGCUUGAUUUCUAUGCUCUGCCAACUCACUCACUCGUCUGCAUGCCAUUUCUUGUUCCCAAAGGUCAUUGGGCAAGUGCUUAAACACAAGCCUGAUCUAAACAUUUUCAUGCUCAUUUUAGAAAUGGAAUUGGGUGGUCUUUUGGUUCUUGCUUUUCUCUUCUAUGCUUAGCUACAACCAUAUUUUUAUUUUAGCCACAAGAUGGCAUCAGAUGCCAAACCCUAUAGUAUAAUAUACAAGGUUUGUUUAAAUGAUCUAGGGCAGGCAAUCUUAACAUCGUUUAAAUCUUUCUCCCUCAGAACGGUCUGAAGUCUCCGGAAUCAAAAAAGAAGAUCCAGCAUGUGAAAUGGCCAUGAACCAAUGAGGCGCUGGAAAUGUAAAUAACAUUUAGCCUCCAUUUCAGAACAGAUGAGUCAUAUUGAACAGGGUUGAAGAUUGCGGUGGAUUUUUCAUAACGUUAACAAUUCUACAGUACAAAGCAGGCACCAUAUUCUCACCCAUCACCUUAAGGAUAUUUUCUGUAUUGCACUUUGAGUCAUUUACUUCCCAUUUUAAUGGUUGGUUUUGGUGGAACAAAAUUAUUCUACCAGCCCUCCUUUGGAAUUCUCACAUGUACUGCAGUUCAGCCUUUGCAUGGCCUGGCAAGAGAAAAGCAGUGUGCAUUUAUAACUAUUCAUGUUCAACUGUACAGCAGUAUUGCUUUUCUUUUCUUUUUUUUCAAAUGCAGUUCUCUACACAAGUGUAUUUAGACAGUGUGGAAGACUAUGUUUCCCCGUUCAACUGGACUUCCCAUGUUAAUAGUGGCUUUUGCACAAAGUUCUGUUGGCAGGGCAAGAAAAAUAUUUUGAAUUCUUAGGUGCUGAUACCAAGUGUCUAGAUGUCUUUUCCAGCCUUGUUAUGAGAUAGUUACCUCUUACAGACAUAGGAAAAAUACUGAACUGUGUAAUUUUUUGCUUCAAAUUGAAGUUUUUGUUACAAUUGAAGAUGAAUUUCUGUUGUCUUUUGAGCAGAUGGAAGCACAUGAUAGACUGUUUACGGAGAGUAUUUGAAAGAAAAGUAGUGCAUGAACUAGUGCCAUGCUUUUGUACAGUACAUGCAUAAGUAUUUUUUCAUAAAAUACAUGAACCUUUGUGGUCGAUUUAACUUGCCUGCCUACAAAAUGCCUGCUAAAAUUCUGGAGAAAAGCUAACACUCCACUCAUUGGGGCAGUUUGAAUAGAAGGAUAAAUUAUACGGAGAGUAAUCUAUUGUGGUUUGCAAAAGAAGUCGUCUUGCCUCUUUCCUAUCUGUGAAUAAAUGGGGAUUUCUUUGAAACCACAUGGAUCCUCUUUCAUAUGAUGUAAAACCCAACCUAGCUGGGUAUAAUAGUUAGAAUGCGUACCAUACACAAAGUAGUGUUCAAUCAAAUUCAGGCUGCCAUCUUGUACAUGCCUACCACAGAAUAUGGACUUAGUGGUAUUUACUUCUGAGUAGACAUGGUUAUAACUGCAUUGUUGGUGCACAACUUCCACUAGAUCAUGAUCAAAGAUUUGGAAAGAAUGGUGUGUUUGAGGUGUAUUUUGAGUUUCCCUCUUCCUGAACACGUGUGCAAGUUUUGUACUUUAGCACAGCACAGUUUAAUUUUGUGUGUUUUGUAUCUGAGCUGUCUUUUUAGUAGCCUCACCUGAUUUAAAUAAAUUGAUUUAAACUGACAA